GGGGGAGGGGUUCAGGGAGGAGGAAGCAUCUCACACGCUGCGACCUCGAGGGGUCGGCGGAUUCCGCCCAGGAGCACUCGGAAUGUGGUGCCGCGCGCACUCCACGGCUACGGCCACCCAGGAGAUUUUGCUACGGGAUCAGGAGUCACCCCAGGCUUGCAGCUCAGGAGCCAGCAGCUUCAACCCCCUUGUACGGACAACCAGUGGGCGCCUGGCCCGACGAGACCGCGAACGAGCCCAAGCCCUUCGCCGCAACCCCCACCCCUAUGACACAUACUACCAUCAACCUGUCCGUCUACGUCUACGUCGACGACAUCCUCGCGAUCCACGAUCCCAACCAGAGCACAGCGUGGCCUCGGAGGCCACCCCCAAACCACGGCAGCGAUCCCCUCGACAAUCACUUGCAGUUCCACGGGCGCCGUCAGACCCGGCAGGAAGUAGAGCUAGUUGAAGACCUCCUAGCCAGGAGGGGUAAACGUCACUUGCAGUUCCACGGGCGCCGUCAGACCCGGCAGGAAGUAGAGCUAGUUGAAGACCUCCGAGCCAGGAGGGGUAAGCGUCUCCUACCACAAGACGUGCAAGGGCGAGUGCUGCGCACCAUGAAGUACCUCGGCGGUCACUUUCACCCACCACGGAGGCAGCAACGCAGUCGAGAUUUACCCAAGAACCCACAGCCCGAAGCGCGCAUGGAGCAGUAUGGGUAAGUGUUGGCAUCGGCGAGUCCCUUGGUUGAAGCGCAUAGCCAAAUACUUGCGCGCGUCGACGCAAGGACGGGCCAUCGAGGACAACGACGUGCACGAGACCGUGAGUAACACAGGCACGCUCAAGCAAUGCGCGAUAUCACCAUUGUUUAUCUGGGUGAGAGCACGACGCUUUCGCAUGGUUCAAGCUUCAUGUCUGUACCGCGCGGACUAUGACAGUGGAUCACCGCGCUGUUCGGCCGACACCCAUCGUGAGUAGGAGGGCGAGCUCACCGAGAAUUGCUAAAUCACCGAGACGGGCAACCCGCGGGCUCAGCAGCCUCACCAGGACGUCCUCUCGAAUCUGGAGACCGGCGAUGCGAAGCAGUUCAAUUAUGCAUUGAUUAGCAGUAUCACGCAAUUGCAUCGUGACGCGGGGGUCUCUGAGACGUCCAUCUGCACCGACGCGGCAGAAUCGAGGGCCAAAUCUUCAGCAGUUCCUAUACCCCCUCCUGGACUCGAGCCAGAGCCUGGAGAACCUCGAGCAGGAGACGAGCCGGGCGCAUUAAAGAGUUAUCCUCGACGCGUGCAGCGCUGUGCACCCGCCGGGCCGCGGCAACAGGAGGAGGGCACGGGCUGCGACCAGAGGCAGCAGCAGUUCCAGCUACCAGGCAGUGCACGGCGCCGCGUGCCUUUCUUGGUGGGGCCCAAAGAUUCGGUGCUGCGUUCUCUCAAACAUAACCGUUGUGCUCGGCAGGCAGCGCCCGUCUCGGAUAUACCUCGCUUGUUCAAUUGCUGAUCCAGUCUGUCAUCGAUGUCCAGACCUGCGGCCAUUCUUGCUUACCUCCGCUGUGUAAGGCUUCUGUCUGCGCAUUGCACUUACCAGCUGAAGAACACGGUAGAUCACAGGACGUGGGCCUCUGUCAUGACGACGCGCUGCGUGCCAGACAAGAAGGCAGCCGACGAGGUGACCAUCAGCGCGGGCGACACCGAGCACAGCAGCAGUACCCGGAAGACCAGCCACGGAGGCAAUGGCAAAAAAGGGGCGCCCGAAGGGGGCCGAGGACGAGGGCGCGGAGAUGACGGCAUCGGAGCCGCGGCAUUUUCGGCAGGGGCCGCAGGAACAGCACGAGCAGCCCUGGUAGGGUCUGCGCGAGGAGUCAGGCCUAAGCGCGGGGGAGAGGUAGACCAUGCCAAAGUCGACCCCGAGCAGAAGAAGCAUCUCACCGUCCUCGUCAAGCAGGCUUUGGCCAACAUCCAACAGGUGGCAUGGAGCCCGGCGGCAGUCUACAGCACCUACAUCAGGCCAGUCCAGAGCAGCACUAUCAGAGCGCCCCGGGUGCGCAGGAACAUGUAUGCAGACAAGUGCAAGGAGGCAGGUGGAGGUCACACUUCUGGGCCGCCCAACGGACAUCUCUACGCGACACUUACGUCGUCCCUCUUUGUCGCGGACGUCGGCGGCAAAACGAGGGCCGUCCCGACAGAGCACGGCAAAACAUGCUCAACAGAGUGAAGCACAUUCGCCUCAGCAAGUGCUACGACGACAACCAGGCGAAGCUGACGAUCUUCAUCGGGGCGGGCCCAUGGUCGAACGCGGAGACGGAGGAGGAAUCCAGCGAGGAGCAGAACACACAGGCCACCAUCAAGGACACGAUUCGUCCAACCUUCCUCCACGUGGAGGCCGUGGUGAAGGAGGACAAAGCACCAAAAGGAAGUAAUGGAGGAUGAGCUCGCAGGCUUAAGACGCGGGAGUGAGAGCGAACAGGCUGGUCACGUACGCCAUGUUCCGUAAAAGGCUCGGCGCGCGCGGCGCCGCGG